AUAGGGGAGGCUGGGACCGACGAUUCGUUCGAGCGCGGAGGAAAGAUGGCGGUGAAAGAAGGACAAUAAACACCGUCAUAAAAUUGCAUGUAUUUGGCAAAAUAUAAUUCAAAAGGCGUUGAAAACACAAGAUUGGUGUCAUGGACGAUGAAGAAAAGGAAGAAACUAUUUUAUCAGGUAGAAGGCCUAAGAACCGCCAACCUAAAGCACCGAUUCCGACCUGGGCUGACGCUGCGAAAAAGGUUUUGGAGAGAUAUGACUAUGCACUCCCACAUAAGCAGAUAUUACAGAUUAUCCAAGAUGAAAACCUGAAACCUUGUGGGCGUGGGACAAUGCCACUGGCUUGCCUCAAUGCAAUGCUAAACUCCAACUGCAAAGGGGACGAUGCAUUGUUUUACAGAGCACCAGGCCAAGCUGCUUGUUUUGGUUUAAAGAAAAACCAGAAAAAUGAACCUGGAAGUGACAGAGACGAAGAGAGUUCAGAAUCUGUGGAUAUUGAAACCCAAUCAGCAACUGAAUCGCCGCCGGGUCAAAAGCUAUCUGCCCAACACUCACCCCAGCAAAUCCAACAACAUCAACAACCGUCGCAAAACCAGCUGCAGUCUCAACCAGUGCAACAACAGCAACAGUUGUCAAGAAGCGCUGCCAUACGAAGUGCCAAAAUGAAGGCGAACUUACAGAGAACUAGGAACCAGACUCCAUCGACCCCAGGCGCCCCGGGUGCCGCUCUUGUUGCUAUGCCUCCAAGGAAACCAGGUGCUGCCCUUUGUGUAAUGCCCCCGAAGAAAAGAUCGAAACUCGAGGCGAACCUUCUAGAAGAGACAGCUUCGCAUUCAAAAGAUUUCAACCAACAGGAUAACAUUCGGCAUAUUAAAUCGGAACCUAUACUCUCUGCAAGUGCAGGCACGAUCUCAUCUGAUAACGAAUUCGACACCCAAUCAUUAUCUGACUUAUCUGAGAGGCAGGGUGAGGCUAAAUCGCAGUUACAGAGAGCUCAGAAAACGAGGCAGCUGCAAUUAGCGGAACAGAGGUCGAGGCAAAGGCAGCAAUCAAGACUGGGGAAUGAUGGGAAAGAUGUACCGUUUGGAUCGAAGCCUCCGCAGUUACCUAGAGAAAAGAAAGAUAUCGAGCAGCUACUGAGUCAGAUUAAAAGAGAACAGGAGGAGGAACUUAAACGAGAGCAGUUGAAAAAUCAUCGAAAAGUUAUGCAGACGAAACUCAAUCAAAACAGACCAGCUCCAAAACCGAAAACGGUGAAUAACAACAACAGCGCCCCAUCGCCUGCGCCGGAAAAGGUGACGGUCAGAAAACCGCCCCCCGUAACCGGUUUCCUAGAUGUCAAGCUCAAAAAGUUGAAGAAAAUGAGUACAGUGGACCAGAUCAAAAGGACCAAAGAAGGCAAAAUCGAUUUACAGAGUCCAGAAUCAAUUGCUGCCACUAUCGCACUUAAGAAUUUCCUGAACAACGAGAUGUUCAAGCAACUGCCCGCAGCGUAUCAGUACCAGUUGUUGAUGUUGUUGCCAGACGUUGAUAGAAUCAAAGAUGGCGACCAUGUUGUCAGGAUGUCGCCCAACGCAUUGACAAAUGAGUUUUUUACGAAAGCUUGUCUGGAAUGGCAAGAAAAACUGAUGGAAGGGGAGUUUAAUGUUGAUAUCGUGCAAAGAAUUAAACAGGAAGAAGGGAAUUUCAUAACGUUGGAUCCAUGGAAGGAGAAGUUUUUUGAACCUGUUUGGGGGAAAAGUUCACUGGAAGAUCCAAUCGCGCGGACGAACGGUAAAACAAACUCGUCGUCAACGGUCGUUAAAGACGGUGGAAGCUCUUGGUCGACGUUUUUAAAAUUCUCUGAAAAUACAGCUCAUGAUUAUCUCGAUAAAUUUAAGGUUAUGCAAAGAACGCUACGCCAGAAAGCCGACACGGAAAGUAUUCGAAGGAAUUUGCAAAGGAAACAACAGUUACUGAAAUCCCCGACGCUGGCGAAACCGAGGGUAGACAAUAUUGUAAAGGAUCGUAGCAGGAAGGCGAUUAAGCGCGCUCAGCUUUUACAGAAAAAACUCGCGUUAGAAAAACAGCUUUCGGAAACGAACGCGCGGCUAGCUGAUACUUCAAACCCAUUAACUAACGAAGAACACACUCGUUUAGUGAUUUUUAGCCGAGAACUGAGUAUUGCAUUGAGAAAAAUAAACGAACAUUCAAAGGACACGCAACGCACGCUGUCUUUGAACGCUAUUCAACAGAGGCAUCCAGAUUUCUCUGGAGAUUCCUCUUUAGCGAAAAGAGAGGAUGUCCCUCUUGCUGUCGUAUCUAAAGCAAGAUCGCCGGAAGAGGAACUUCUUCGACAGGAGCGCCGAAAGGCGAAGGCUAAGAAACGAAAGCGGGAACGGGAAGAACAGGACGAGAAUUCGCGAAAGCGCGGUUCUAUGCUCGAACAAUAUCACAAGUUAGGCAUGCCUCCACAGGACGGUUUAUCAUUAAACUUAAUAGAUAUGAAAAGAAUUCAUAAAAAGAAGAAGAAGGGGGACAAACACAAAAAGAAAAAACAUUCCAAGGGAGAGAAAACGAAGGACCGAAGUAAAAUCGUGAAAGGACCGAGUAUUUUCGCGAAGAGAACGUUACCGGCGCCGACGCCAUGUCCGUGUAAACUUGAAGCGUUAAUCAUUUGUAAGCAAUGCGGCGCGUUUUGUCAUUCGGACUGUAUAAACUCAGAUAAACUUUGCUCUCUGUGCGUACCUGCGUAGCAGAUGGGUUAUUUUAUGUAUUUUGCAAUACUUCUAAUUAGAUUCUUGAAAUAUUUAAACGCUGUCUUUGUGUAAUUAAUAGCAAUGAAUAUCAUCUACAUUUUCAUA